AAAAGAGUCACAACCCUUCUUCCUGCCAUGCGGCAAUUAAAUGCGCAGCAGCAUUUAGCCAGGCCACGAGUUAGCAGAGAAGGAGACCCUUCUACUGCGCCGCCUUUUUGGAAUUCUGAUCUGGCUGGCACCCCUAGAAACAGCGCCCCGCCCACGGUGAAAAGGUUGGUGCUUGUCUUGCCCUGCUGCUUUUUUCCUUGCAAAAGGAACAAUUGACGACGGCAUCAUCACCACCAUCAACCGCUCUCUCCUGGGUCUCGGCUCUCGCUGCAGUACAAAAUCGAUUGCCGAGCUAGGGAUCGCCAUGGCGAUCGAUGUCAUCAUCAUCCCUUGCCUAGUUCCCUUUCUUCAACGCGCCAGGUGCCAGAGCAGCCGCCGCCAGAGAGAGUGCCUGACUUUAUGUCUGUCUGCGCCAGGUACCCCACCGGCAGUAACAUGCCCCUCUUUUCAUAUCAACCCUUCCCUUUUUGGUUUUAAAAGCACGCCAUUAAUAAGCUGCUAUGGAGCACGUGUUUACCCCACUGGAAUGUCUGCUUCCCACCGGAAACCUGAAGAUUUGCCUUCUGAUUCUUAACCAGCCUUUGGACAAAGGGCAUUUUCAUCAUCUGUGGAGCAAAGCUGUUCUGAGAGCGUGUGCUGAUGGAGGUGCUAAUCGCCUGUAUCACAUCACAGAAGGAAACCAUGAAAGCUUUUUGCCUGAUUAUAUCAGUGGGGACUUUGACUCUAUUAAGCCUGACAUCAAGGAGUAUUAUAAGAGCCAGGGUUGUGAGCUCAUAGAGACCCCUGAUCAAGACCUAACAGACUUCACCAAGUGCCUUCAGAUACUCCAGCAGAAGACAGAGAAGAAAGGCCUGCAGAUUGACAUGAUUGUGACUUUGGGUGGACUUGGAGGUCGUUUUGACCAAAUCAUGGCAUGUGUGCAGACUCUUUUUCAUGCCACUGAGAUAACCCCCUUUCCCAUCAUAAUUAUUCAACAGACUUCCCUGAUUUAUCUCCUUCAGCCCGGAAAGCACAAGCUGUAUGUAAACACAGGACUCGAAGGCAAGUGGUGUGGCCUCAUUCCUGUUGGGAACUCUUGCAACGUUGUUACAACAGGCCUAAAAUGGAACCUCAAUAGAAGUGUUUUAAAGUUUGGAACACUUGUCAGCACUUCAAACACCUACGAGUCUAGCGUUGUGACCAUUGAAACAGAUAAUCCUUUGGUUUGGACGAUGGGCAUCAAAGAUCAAGAACGUGCGUAAAAGGCUACCACUGCCUAUUUGUAUUCAACCAGAACCUUAAAGUGAGAUUUCCGGAACAAGUUCAGCCACUAAUGUACUCAGAAUUAUUUGUGAUGCAAUUAUAGUCAUUCAUUUUACUCUCAUGAUAGUUCAAAAUGUUAUGCACUUGCUGAUUUUCAUGCAGCUUAUAUUUGCAGAGUGCCAGGGAGUUUAGCUGAUGGGUUUGUUUCUCUAAUAAUGCUAUAUUUAUACUUUUUUAAAGUCUGAAAAGAGUAUAUUUUUGGAUAUACAGUACAGUUAUUUUUUAAAGGAAGAGGGAUGGUAAACAUAUGUACAAUGUCCUGUCCUAUAAAUAACUUAAAUGACUGUAAAAAACACAUUGAUAGUUGCUUUCAGCAAAACAUCAAUUUCCAAUUGCCCCUGCUCUGGAACAAGUAGUAACUGCCCCAGAUCAAUACCUACACAAGCAAGUUGUCAUGAACAUUGAGUCAUAUGUUCGGCCUGCAAUAGGUGCAUUUGCAUGUAGCCCAGUGUGCACAUUGGGGGCUUCUUGUGGAGGUUAUAUGAACAAUGCCACACUACCAGUCUAUAUUUUAGCACAGAGCUAAGCCUCACUGAGACUUACUCCUCCCUUCCCAGAAUUAAAGGUCUACUGGCUUUUAAACUCUAGUAAACACACAUUAAACCCUGCUAGUACUGGUCCAUCAGUGCUUCCCCUCCCCAUCCCAGUCACUGGUAGAAAAUAGCUUGGAUAUUGUGCUGUGGAGAAUGAAUGCAGAGAGAACAGCUUCUUAAUCCAGGGAAUGGGAAGAUAUAGGCACUCAACAGGGGCAGGUCUGGGAACAUGACCUCCAGGAUAGUUAACAAUGGCUUUGCAAUUACUCAUAGGUUAGAUCAUUAAGGUUUCUCAUGACUGCUCCUACUUCCAUGUAUGUUACCAAGACCAGAAUCAAACCAAUACAAAUCCUUUUCAUUGUCAAUUCAAGCAAUGUUUUUAACGUGUCAGUUUGUCCUUGUUUUAAGCCGUGUGAGCCACUAUACCACAUGUUGGGCUAAAGCACUUGAUUGUAAUUGCCAAAGUUGUUAACAGCACAUGUACAAGUGUGGGUUUGGGGUUUUUUUGUUUUUGUUUUUAAGGGAAGUCAGCCAAAUGCCGCAUUGUAAACUACUGCUGUAUUAUUCUUACAUGUAAUAAAGGCUCUCUUUUUAAAAAAGUAA